CAACAAGUCAAGUAAAAACUGUGCUCAAACAAUUAAAUAUUUAUAAACUUAUUUAUAAACAACAUUAUCUGUUUCUGAGCUUUUAUUUAAAUUCCCAAAAUGGCUAAUAGUGCACCAUCUACAGAUUACGCUCCAAGCGAAAUGGGGCCAUCUGAAGCAGGCGAAGCUACGCCCGCAGCGACUGGUGCUGGUUUCCCACCGUAUCCUCCCUACGCCACGGAAACAGUGCCACCCUCAGUUGCGGACACAAUCAUGGCCGGUCGAGAUCUAAGAGUUCAGCACAAGUCGACUCCGAAACAAACAGUUCGACCACCCCCGAAGCCAGCAAGGCCUAAGGGACCAAAAGCAACUGACGUUAAACUAUCAAGACGCGCAGCGCGAGCCCAUGCCCGCUGUCUGCGCCGGCAUGGCGCGGUGUUGACGGACAGGCUUGAGCGAAUGGCGAAACCGCCUAUACGCAGCAUUAUUUAUUUAUGGCGGCAAUACGCUAAUACACUUCCGGCUGAUACGAUUGCCCGACUGCGUGCAAUGCUAGAUGCGGAUCAGCCGUUCAAGCCAGAACAAGCAUAUGAAUACUUUAUUAAUCUCAGAAAAAGCAAGAAGAAGGUGACGAAGAUGAAAGUAAACGACAUAAAGAAGGACAUAUUAGCAAUGUGCGGUGACAAGAGAUUCGUUUGGGCGCGAAACGCGACGGUCGCGUUUGCGCGCGGCAUCCAGCAGCGACUGUCUAAACCGGGCUCUUACGCUUUGGCUGAUGGCAUGUUGCGACUGUCAAACAUAAUUCUAGAAGACAUCUGCUCCUAUAUGCACACGAAGCCACCUUCGCGACGUUGCACUCACCCUAAAGCAAAAUUCAUGAUGGAAAUGGCUGACAAGAUUGCCGUUUGGAUCGAUGAAAUCCUCUGCGAGUCAGACGAUAGGAUGCUCAUGAUGGACUUCGACGAAGACGAAGAUGUUUUAGGAGCCGAUGAGGCAGGUGACGCGGGAUUUGCUGAUGAUUUCCUUAAUAUGAUGGGAGAGGGAGGAGUCGGUGGAGGUGGUCUUCUGCAAGGACCAUUUCCCGCGUAUCUCAAAUUUACAGGAGAAAUGCUUGAAGCGUUCAAUAUUUUAACUGAGUCAAUGUACUCAAAAGGGGAUGUCAAUUUAUUAAAACACGGAAAGUUUGAUUUAACAUAUUCGGAAGGAGCAGAUGAGCUAAAACAAGCAACCGAUUUUAAUGCAACUGAAUUUAACACAACUCUGGCCAAUCAAGUCAAACAAGAUUUAACUGAAACGGUUACACCUAGUACACCUAAUAAUAUUAAACCGUUUAUGAAAGAUAUGGUUGAAAUUUGCUCAAACUAUCUGGCACAACAUGCUGAAUACAACAAGGAUAAAGGUCCGGCUUUUAGACUCCUAGUGAAGGCAAUGAAAUCAAAAUCUAGCCAACAACUGUACGUCAAGGGAAAAGCUAAAAGAACCUUCGGAAAAGCGGCUACAGAAUUGGAAAAUGCGAAAGGCUUAGAAAGCGAUCACGAUGAUCCUAAUUUAUCACAAGAAAUACAUUCUGCCCUUGCGAAAUUAGUUGAAGGACAAACACCAGCAGACUUAAAAGAUGAUAUGAGAGAAACAUUGGACAUUUGUUCAAAGUAUCUGUCUCAAUGUGCUAUAGAUGAAAUUGAACGUGGUCCAGCCUUCGAUCUGCUUAUAAAAGAAUUGGAGAGAAAUGGCGCUGAGCCGUUUACUCCGCAAUAUCCUCCUCUACCUACACAAUUUGCUGCAGCUUAUACAUUAAAAUCUGCACCUGGUUUAACUAGCGUAACUCCUGAUCCUGAAACUGCACCAAUUUUCAUACCAGUUUUACAUAAAGCAGUCGACACUGCGACACCUAAAGCAUUAAAAAGAGACAUGGAAGAGGUGAUUGGUCGCUGUGCAAAUUAUUUAUCUGCAUUUAUCAGAGAUAGAGAAAAGGCCAUGAAAGCUCUACUAGAAAUGAUGAAAAGUCAUCCCAAGAACGAAGUAGCCAAAAGAGCGAAUUAUACAAUGACGUACGACGUAGGCGCAAAAGAAAUUGAAACGGCACCCAUAGUUGUACCUUUCAUGCCAGUAAAAGAUAUCGCAGACGAAGCUAAAGACCAUUUGAACAAAGAUAUGGAAAAGUCUACACCACCGAAUUUAAAACUUGCUAUGAAAGCAAUGGUACAAGAUGCAGCGAGAUUUUUAUCACAAGGAAUAGCUUUACGCAGUGGAGUUGCUGGCGAACGAUAUCCUCUUAACUUUUUGGCAGCUGUAAAGAAAUCGCUCGGAACAAGGCUUUUGUUUAAAUACAAAGCUUUUGGUCAAACUUAUUCAGAUGGGGCUGACGUAUUAAGACAUGCUGGUCCACUGGAAGAGGAUCCAAAAUGUGAAAAUCUCCAGCAAGAGAUCGCAGCAGAGAUGCGAAGAGGAGUUCCCACUAGACUUCCUCCGACUUUAACCGGCGAAAUACAUGGUACCAUGGAAGACGCUUCCAAACAUUUAGCCAAAGUUGGCACGGAAAGAGGUGACGCUCUGCAGUAUUUGGUCGAUUUAAUGAAGGGACAAGGCGAUGCACCUCUUGGGGUCAUGCAAGGUUAUGAACAAACUUAUAAUGAUGGAGCUAGAAGGAUAGAGUUAAGUAAAAGCUUAACUGCAGAGAAGGUUGAUAAAGGAAUCUAUGAAAUGCUUAAGGAAAAGUUAACAACAUUGGUAUCGUCUAAACCUAAACCGGAAUAUUCCAAAGUGAUGCCAGGUAUCUCGUUUGAUGUAAUUUAA